GAUGACGCCACUUCCGCCCGGAAGCGGCCCCUCGGCGCGCAGGGGCGCGGGGCGCGCUGCUGAUGAGCGCGGGUCAUUAAUCGCCGCUGACCAAUGGCCAAACGCUCCGUGACCUUCGCUGACCUCGAGGGGGAGGGGCCAGAGGAGGAGCCGCCCCUCCCCCCCCGCAAGAGGGCCAUGGGCCGGUUCCCGGGGCAGCCGUCACUGGACAGUGAUGAGGAGGAGGAGGAGGAGGACGAGGCCGAAGGCUGCAGCGACUUCAACCUCUUCCUGCCCCACGGCUCGGGGGGGUCCCCGGAGGGGGCGGGGCCGGAGGAGGGGGAGGGGCCCAUGACCCCGUUUGACCUCGGGCCCGAACUGGCCGAGGGGCACUUUGACCCCCAGGGUCACUUCAUCUGGCGCCCGGCGCCCCCCCCGGACCCCUGGCUGGAGGCCAUCGAGGGCCUCCCCAUCAAGCCCCGCCCCCCGCGCCGUGACGUCACGCCGUCGCCUCCCCCCUCGCCCCCCCCCCUGCGGCAGCUGCUGGGGGAGGCGCUGGAACUGCUGCGGCCGGGGGAGACGGUAGGGGGCGCCCUGCGGCGGCUGGGGGGGCGUGGCCGGGAGGGGGGGCGUGGCCAGCGCCAAGCCCCGCCCCCUGCCCCCCCGGAGCUGCUGCGAUUGGUCGCCGUGGCCGAUGGGCUGGUGGCCAGGGGGGUGCUGGGGGCCCUGGAGGAGCAUCGGGAGGGGCUGGAGAGGAGGAUGAGGGAGGAAACGGGGGGGGAAACGGGGGGGGAAGGAGAGGAAAUGGGGGGGGAAACGGGGGGGGAAGGGAAGGGAAGUGCCCCCCCCCAGGGCGGAAGUGGAGCCGUCGACAUGUUCGCGCCGGGGGAGGAGGAAGAGGAGGAGGAGGAGGAGAAGAGGGAGGGGAAGGAGGAAGAGGAAGUGCUUUGGGAAUACACGUGGGAAGAGGGGGGGGACAUCUACGGCCCCUUCAGCAGCGCCCAAAUGCAGGAGUGGGCGUCGCAGGGCUACUUCCGGGGGGGAGGGGCGCGGUGCCGGCGGGUUCUGCCCCUCCCCCACCCGCCGGGCCCCUUCUACGAGUGCGCCCGGAUGGACUUUGAGCUGUUCACAUGAGGGGGGAGGGGCUAAAGGGGGGGAGGGGUCAAAGGGGGGGAGGGGCUAAAGAGGGGGAGGGGUUAAAGGGAGGGAGGGGCAAAAAAACCCCCCCCCGAAAAACCCCCAAAUUUUAAAAAAACCAAUCAAAAGAAAAAAAAAAA